CACGUGUGGCCAGCGGGCGGCUUUAUAAUGGUUAUGAAUCCCCCGGGGUCUUAGCGGUUAUGGCUACCGCCGGACGGAGGGAGGCAGCUCUGCUCCAUUCAAAUUAGCGCCGGAUCAAUCUGUACAUUUUGUGCUGCCUACGCGCAGCUUAUCCUCGUCUUUUUAAAGCCAUGAAACCCUUUCAAUACCCCAAAUUAUUUCUGUGUAAUCAAACUAGAUGGGACAAAAAUCAUUUUGGCGAUCCGUUGAUUUUUGACUGAAAAAAAAAACACAAUUCUUAAUACGGAGUUUCUUUUUUUCAAUCCUAUCUUCUGUUGUUUAUUGAAAAACUCACUUGUUCGCUGUUUUUGUCUUUGUGACCUAAGAUGAAAUGAUUUAAGGAGCUUACCUUCCCUUCCCAAUUCCCUUGACCAAGGUGUCUCCAGUUCUGUACCUGUUCGCCUGGCAGUUCUGCAAUACCUGUCCAGCGUUCUUACAAUGUGUGUGUAUUAUUUUACAGGUGGCAAAAUACAGCAGUUCCAGUAGACUAGUAGAGCGUCUCUAGUUCACAGAACUGUCCAACACGUGUCCUUACAAUGUAGGGCUAAACAACUCUGACCUGGGAACUCUAGCUGCCAGAACCACUUUGACCCUACUCGGGCCGACCCGCAAUUAUAGGAACAAGGGGACAGUCUGACACAUGAACUGCAUCAGGUCUAUGUCAAAUCAUCUUCCUUUCUCUUCCAGUGCUGUGCUAGUCUAAAGUUUCUAUUCAAUAAUAUGCCAACGGAUUUUGUGGAGUUUGCAUGUUCUCCCCGUGCCCGUGUGGGUUUCCUCCGGGCACUCCGGUUUCCUCCCACAUCCCAAAAACAUGCGACAUUAAUUGGACUCUCUAAAUUGCCCCUAGGUGUGAUUGUGACUUCGACUGUUUGUCUGUGUGCUCUGGGAUUGGCUGGCAACCAGUUCAGGGUGUCCUCUGCCUCUUGCCCGUUGACAGCUUCGAUAGGCUCCAGCACUCCCUGGGACCCUCGUGAGGAUAGGCGGUGAAGAAAACGGAUGGGUGGAAGACUGUGACAAUGGAUCAAUUGAAUGGAAUCCCAGUUGAGCUUUCCCUAAAAAAGUGUGACACGCGUACAGUCCAGUUAGCAAACAUACGUCGCGCUGAUGUUCGACCCGUCAUCAAAAGUUCCGUUGACCUGAUUCCAUAGAGAGCGUUUUUCCUAAUUAGCAAUAAACGCGCCGAGACAUUAGCGUUUAAUCGAAAAUUACCACCGAACGCCGUCUUAACAAUUAGCGCCGGUGUGCCGGCCUGCUCCGUUCACACCACCGAUCGGGUCAGUGGUGCGUUCACUUCCCCGAGGUGUGCUGUAAAUCUCACAACUGAAGAGGUUGUUUCAGUGAAAAACAAGACUGACUUUUAAAAAAAUAACAAUCCAGUUUCACGUUUUGUAAUGAAGACACGGAAUUCAGGUGAAGACAUUUUAUGUAUGCAGAUCUCUGGCAAAAAUGAGACAAAAUAUGAUGAAUAACAAAACAUCAGCAACAGCAAAAUUGGCACGUCAUUCCCAUUUUGACAGCAUGUAAAGGGGGUUAAAAAAAAACAAUUGUGAAUAUCUCGUGAUAUGUAGAUUUGUCGGUAUUACAUCAUCGCUGGUUAAAACUGAACAAAGAGAACCUGCAAACUCCACACAAGAGGGUCCGAGUUUAGGUUUAAACCCAAACCCUCAGAACUGAGAGGCGGACGUUAACUCCCGUACAUCAUUAUAUCAAUAUCAUAUUUUCUAUACCGCUUGUCCUCAUUACUCGCACGUCAGCUGACUUUGGGUGAGAGGUGCGAUACACCCAGGACUGGUCGCCAGUCAAUCGCAGGGCACAAAGAGCAACAUAUUCACGGGCUUCUGUGAAUUUGAUGUGUUUUAGGAACGGUGAAAGAAGCAAGAAGGACCUGUGGGAAAACCCACCCAAGAACGGGGUGGGGGUGGGGGGGGGGCCCUAAAACUCCACACAGCAAGGUCGGGAGCUGGGAGUCAAACUCAGAUCCUGAAAACUGCACCAGACUUUCUAGCACCGCGCUGCCACUAAUAUCCCUGCCUCAUAAUUAAAUUAUGAUAGAUAAAAAAAAAAAAAAAGAAGCCAAUGUGCAGGUGCUGAUAUAUGCCCUUACACGCGUUGAGCCGCCCCCCACCCCCAAAACCUCCCCUCCCCCUCUGCGUGUUUCUAUAGUAAUUUCCAGCCAAUGAUCAGUAGGUGUCCGCAUCCCCGCGUCUUCACCUCAGCACCAAUCAGCCACACACAGAGACGAGCAGCGAGCAGCGAGCAGGCGAGCAGGCGAGCAGGCGGGCGGAGAGACGCGCGCAUACACACGCCACAAAGCCUGGGAUCAGGACGCACGGCGACUCCCUCCCCCCACCUUCCAAACGAGCACCUCCUUAUUAACAAAACAACAACAACAACAACAACAAAAAAUCACCGUUUAUGCGUGCACUUUUCCUUUCCCCUGCUUUUUUUUUUUUUGGGGGGGGGGCUUUCUUUUUUCGACGGUAAGAAAGUCGCUACCAACAAGAGGAUGGCUCUUUUGUUUUGAGCGCGUUUCGGAGUCUGCGCGUCUCUCCUUGCCUUUUCAUUUUCGUCCCCCUUUUUCUCCCCCCUCUUCCACCACCUCCACGCCGCGCUCCACGCAUCUCUCAGCGGUAAUGAGCGUGUGCACAGCCGCGGGCUGCUAGCGCCUCGGGAGCUGCUCUCAACGGGAACCUGGUAGCGCCAGACACGAUAGUUCAGGAUGGUACGAAACUGUUGGUAAGCAGCUGGAGUUUGACAAAGGCCGGAGUCACCUCGCUUGGACCCCCCCCCUCCCCUUUUCCCCCCCUUCCCCCCCAACCCCUGUCGCUAAACGCCGACAAGCUUCUCUCCUCAGCCAUGGCUAACCUAAGCAGCGCGCUUUGCAUUGAAAACGGACAAAACACGGACGUGUCGCUCUUACAAAAGGAUAAUCUUCAGGACGGUGGAUUAAGCCAGCUUUUGGAUUAUAACGCGGAAAUGGAAAGGUACCGCUCUUUUGCGAACUUUUACAAAACCAACGGGGCGUUCCCGCAGACUGCCAAAAUCGCCCGCAUCACGACGCCCAUUUUCCCCAGCGCCAGGAUUGGCAUGUCCCCUUGGAACUGCGAUAACGCCAUGCUUUGGGGGAGGAAAUCGACGGCAAUAAACCCUAAUAGGACCAGCAUGCAUAGAAAUGACUCCCAGAGGCCGGGUAAGCCUGGCGUUCCGCCAGAGACGCUGCAAAUGGCAAAUAAUAAUUUCCUCUCUACCUUAUCCCCCGAACACUGCAGACCUUUAGCGGGAGAAUGCAUGAACAAGCUGAAAUGCGGCGCCGCCGAAGCAGAGAUAAUGAAUCUCCCUGAACGCGUUGGAACUUUUUCAGCUAUUCCGGCUUUAGGGGGCAUCUCAUUACCUCCCGGGGUCAUCGUCAUGACAGCCCUUCACUCCCCCGCAGCCUCGGCAGCCGUUACAGACAGUGCGUUUCAAAUUGCCAAUCUGGCAGACUGCCCGCAGAAUAAUUCCUCGGCGUCGAGUGGAAACCCGGCUAAGAAGAAGAGGAAAAGGUGCGGGGUCUGCGCGCCCUGCAGGCGGCUAAUCAACUGCGGUGUCUGCAGCAGUUGUCGGAACCGCAAAACGGGCCACCAGAUCUGCAAGUUUAGGAAAUGCGAGGAGCUGAAGAAGAAGCCCGGCUCGUCGCUGGAGAGGACGCCGGUCACUAACGGCGAAGCGUUCCGGUGGUUCUUCUAGACACGCCAGCCGCCGUCGUCCAUCACCCGGCAGGAGGUCACCAUCGACCGCGGGACCCGUCUGCUCGGAGCACGUGACCCAAAGCGCCCCCCCGCCCCCAAAAAAAAAAAACACACACACACACACGCAGCACACACACACACACAGUACACGUGGAUCGGAGGACGGAAUACAAAGUGGACAAAACGGACGAGACGGAGAGUUGACAAAAAAAAAAAAAAAAAAAAAACAUACUGGAUGUUGUUUCUUUUCUGUGUAAUUAUUGUACCUUUUGACAGUAUCAUAAUGUAUAUUUUUGGUGUCUUAUGAAUGUUUUCAGUGUUUGCGGACGGGCGGCGACGGACCGCCGGCAAGCUCGUGUAAAGAAAGGACUAGACAAAAAAAAGGACAAUCUUUUCGGAACCGCGCAAAAUCCGUCCCGGCCGGGUUGGGGGUAGGGUGGGGUGGGGGUAGUGUGUGUGUGGGGGGGGGUGAUUGACGAUAAACGCAACACACUUUACUCUGGAGCAAUAAUUAUUCAACCUUCCUUUUUUCUGCAUAUCUCUUCUUUCACUUCCCAGGAAUCAUCCGGAAGCCAUUCAAGCAUCGGUUCUUUUUUUUUGUCUCGAUGAGGCAAAGACGGCGUCCCCCGUCGCCCCCCCCCCCCCCCCC